UGUAUAUUCUUGUCGCAUUAUUCUUAUCCUUUCGUUCUUUGUUAUUUUUUUCUUUCUCCUUUCUUCUUCUCAUUCCGCAUUCGCAGUGUCGGCAAAGCGAACUCAAGAUCAACCGCCUGUCCUAGAAUAUUAUUAUGCGGUGAGGAUGAUUCACAUACUCGCCAUUUAGGUCCAGCUUUGCUUCAUGAAUUAGAUCAUUUACCUUGUCACGUAUUGGACGUAACAACGCUUUUCGAAGAAACUGGUAGGGCUGCCGAAGAGACGAUCAUUCAGAAAGUGAAAGCAGCACGUCGUACUUUACCAUCGUUGCUGUACAUACCUGAUAUUUUAUCAUGGUGGAAUCUAGUCGACGAAACAGCACGUGUAGUUUUUGCUUCCCUGAUGAGAGAUCUUGAUAAUACAGUCUAUAUGUUGAUUCUUGCAACCGCUAAUUCCUCUUACGAGAAUUUACCUUCAGAGGUUAAAAAUUCGUUCGAUCAAAAUCAGAAUGAGGUGUUUAAAGUAUCAUUACCUGGCUUGCAAGAACGUCAAUCUUUCUUUCUACAGCUCUUUUCAAAUUCAACAUCGGAUGCUGUUUCUAGCAGAUCCUCGCAAGAUUUUAUACAAAUUAUGGAUCCGAAGAAAACGAAGGUCGAACAUGGGAAAAAAUUAAAAAUGGACUCACUAAAAGAUUUCAAUGGACAACGUGGACGCCAUCACACGGUGGAUGGAUCUACGACAAAAAAGUCAAAACCGCGGAACAAACUUGCUGCUGUUCGAUCCACUCAAUCGGCGACCAGAUCAAUUAAUAUUAAGAGAGAAUGUAGUGCAUCAGGAGAAGGGCCAGCACCGAAACGCUCUAGAAUGUCACGUACGCCUUCUAAUAUCUCAAGUGCUGAGGGUGUAAUGGAUCCCCAACUACAAGGAUUAUUCCAGAGGAUCAUCGAAUCAACGGAGAACUGGACAAGUAAUCAGUUGGAAAAUUUAUACGGCUCGUUGGAACAUAUUUUGGAAAGAAAAAACGAGAAUGAUAAUAUGUCGAACAUUAUUCAAAAUUGUCUUCUAAUUUUAGAAGAAUCGAAGAAAAGAAAAAUAUUUUUUGAUUAUGAAGAUGAUUAAUGAUAAAACAGAAAAUAAUUACUUAAUUAAUAAGUCUCUUGUGAUUGUCCAAAUGUAUUUUUUUUUUUCCAAUAACAAAUUUACUAGUCAUCGUUGUCGUUUGUAAUUGCUUGAAUAUUUGUUCGAUAAAUAAAUCGUGACGGUUGUAAUGUAUAAAAUAAAAUAUUUUAAUAUUAUAUUUCAUCGUUGUGACGAAAACUAUUUCUUUUUUUUUUUGUAAAGUAUCAAAGUAUAUCAAUUGUAAUACAAUUUAAGCGAAUCAAUUAUUAAUAAUAAUAACGAAGGCUAUAUUUAUCAUAAGCCUGAUUGGGCGCAAGGGACAAUAUAAAAUGCAACCUAAUAUAUUUGCUAAAAUAAAAUAAAUGCGAAAGAAGCGAAUGAAUUUGAUUAAUUAAAAUGUACUUCUUCCUUGGAGAUCUUAUAAUGAUAUUACGCCUAGGCCCUCCGAAAGUAUAAAUACGGCCUUGAUAAUAAUUUUUGUCAUGUAAAUAAAUAAUAUAAAAAACAAAAAAAACCGGGAAAAUAUCGGAGGAUCGAUAUAACUUUUUAAUUACGUUCGAUGACGAAUCAACGUAUAUACGUUAUAUCACGCAAAUGUGUUUCUCUUCUAAUCGUGUUCCUGUCAUAAAAGAAUUCAUAAACCUUCUCCCUUCCCCAAUUUUGUUUUCCUUAUUUCUGAUUGGAUGAUUAAUAUCGAUCCAAGGUCUAUAAAAUCGACGCAAACACGAAAAGUCGUCAGUCCAUCAACAAUAUUCUCACCGUACAUCGUGUAAGUGCGUUAAGUGUAUUUUUUGCUGACUAUAGCACAUUGAACAAAAUUUAUUUAUUAUUAUCGAUUAAUUUAAUUCUAAAUUAAAUUAACCGAUAUCUAAGCUAUCCUAUAAUCGCCAAGGUUUUUAUUAAAACCUUUAAAAAUCGUAUACAAAUUUUUCAUUCGAAUAUAAUUAAAAAAAUAUUCCAGAUCUUUUCCCUUAUCUAUCUGUUGUUAUUUGGGCUACGUAUAAUAUUGGAGUUUUUAAUAUUAUUUACUAAAAAUUUACUAGAACAUUUAUACACACACACACACACACACACACACAUACAACAUUAAUAUAAUAUAUUAUACGUAG